UGACAGAUGAAGCGCUCUGGCUCCGCCGUGUGUUGUUGUUGACAUGUGAGACGCUAGCUGUUAGCCACACUGUGAUGCCCCGGGCUGAGGGGAGCUUUCUGUGGCGGCGGCAUGUGAGCGAACCUCCACCUCCACACCCUGAGCUCAGUGACGGUCACUGGUAGGUUUCUGUUUCCUGGUGAGGACAGCGAAGCUAAGCUAGGCUAACACAACACUCCCCUGGUUCUGAACCAGCUAACAUUAGGCACCACUCCUGUCUGCGGGGUGUUGCUACGUCUACAGCUAACGUUUAGCUUCCUACCAAUGUCUAACUCCGCCGACAUGCCGCUGCCACCGGACUGGGACGACGACGAGCGGAUGAACUUCAUGUUCUCCGACUUCAAGGAGAACCGGGACGUGGACACGACGGACUGGGACAGUAAGACGGACUUCUGGACGGCUCUGGUCCUGAGCAGCUGCAGGCACCAGGGCUCCGUGUGUGUCCGCCUGCAGGAGCUGAACCACAGCUUCAGGAGGAAGGAGAAGUCCCCGCUGGGCUUAGCCACGGUCCUCCAGUCCAUGUCCAGGUGUGGGAAGAUCCAGAGGGAGUCUGAGUUCGCAGCUAACGUGGACUGUGGCUGGGUGUCCUGGGGGGUGGGCCUGCUGCUGGUGAAGCCCCUGAAGUGGACCUUCUCCACUCUGCUGGGCAGCGGCAGCACGGUCCCUCUGGAGGAGUCGUUUGUGGUCAUCGAAGUGGUGAAGGAGAAAGCUGCAGAACUGCUCAGGGUCUACAGGAGCAGUGAGUUUGCAAGCCGCUCCGUUCUGUCGUUUCAAGAGCUCUGUACCCUCUCCUCUGGAGUCUGUGCUGACGAGAGCACCCUGUGCAUGGCUCUCCUGCAGCUGCAGAGGGACAAACAAGUGCUGGUCUCACUGCACGAAGGCGAGAAGAUAGUAAAGUUUUGUCUGCCAGGGCAGGACCGCGUCUCUCCAGUCAGUGAUGUGGAUAUCGGAGUCUACCAGCUGCAGCACAGUGAGAAGCUGCUGGGGGAGCGGGUAGAGAAACUGGGCCUGGAGGCUGACAAGUGCAGAGAGGAGGCAAAGCUUCUGCUGUCGGAAGGGAAAAAAUCACAGGCCCUGAGGUGUUUGAGAGGCCGCAAGAGGGUAGAGAAGAGGGCAGACAACUUAUUUGCCAAACUGGAGACAAUCAGAGGAAUCCUGGACAGAAUCGCCCAAUCACAGACUGAUAAGAUGGUUAUUCAAGCAUAUCAGGCUGGAGUGUCAGCCCUCAGAGUCUCUCUUAAGGACGUGACUGUGGAACGUGCAGAGAACCUUGUGGAUCAAAUCCAGGAGUUAUGUGACACCCAAGAUGAGGUGAAUCAAACUCUAUCCAGUGGGGUGACCAGCGCAGAUGAAGACAUGGAUGAGUUGGAGGAAGAACUGAAGUCUCUGCUGGACGAGUCAAAGCCAGAAACAAUCGCAGAUUUACCUGAGGUUCCAACAAACCGCCUGCGUCCCUCCGGGGAGUCCGUUCUCUCUGGUGACCUGUUCAGUUCCCUCCCCGCCGUACCUCACGGACUCUUGAAUAUUACCACUGAGCAGCUGGAGGAGGAGUUGAAUCAGUUAACACUUACAGAUUCAGGCUUUCAGCUGCAGAAAAGGACAUCGCCUGCCAAGAGAUAAGAGCCUGAACAGUGAUGACAUCACAACUCUCUGCAUUAACAUAUCAACAAAAACUGUGUCUCUUAAAAAUAUUCUGUGAGCCACAAUUCAUAGAAGAUUUAAACUAAAGCACUUAAGUACAACAUAAGCAAUUUGCUAAAUCAUAAUUUGAUUUGAAAUGAUAGUUGAAAAAUAAAUUUCAGAAUAAAAACAAGAGACUUUCCUUCAUUUAAUGAAAAUAAAGAAAUCCACUUAUUCUGGUGACAUGCCAAAAAUAACUUAUAAAAUCUUUCAUAAAGCAACUUUAAUCAAAAAUCAACUUGACAGCUCUCAGAUCUGCUCCAUUAUCAAUAUCUGGAGGCUCUCAUGUCAAAGCAUUUUAAUAUUUUAAAAUAUUCUACACUAUGACAUCACCAUCAGGAAUGCAUUGUGGUAUUUUUGACAAUAAUAGGAGGAGAACAGUGUUUCUGGUUUAAUGUGUCUGUUGAUAGUAAAUGUCCCUCAUUGACAGUCCUGUAAAGUGUAUUAAGUGGCCUUCUGAACUGUAAAUACGAACAGAAUAUUCUGCCAAAUGAUUUGUAACAACCAUAUGUAUAAUUGACCCCACUGCAACACAACAUACUGUAUUUUUGUGAACAGAGACGUCUCCUUUAAGUGAGUCAAACCAAAUAUCUUGGUCAGAAUAAAGUUUAUUUUAAACAUU